CGAGGGUGUUGCGGCACGUGUGGCAAGUGCGGUUGGCAUCCAACAUGAAAACCUUCACGCAGAAGCUCUUCCCACAACUAAGGCCAGCAUCGUCCGACAACUUCAAUCCGAGGGCGAUUGUGUCAUUUUUGUUGGUGACGGAAUCAAUGAUAGUCCGGCGCUGGCGCAGGCAGACGUUGGCAUAGCUCUGGGCGCCGGAACUCAAAUAGCUAUUGAGGCUGCAGACGCGGUACUUAUAAGCAAUAGCUUAGUUGACAUCCUAAACCUGCGGGCUCUUUCCAUCGCCACGGUCAAGCGGGUAUACGGCAAUUUUUUCUGGGCCUUUGGCUACAAUCUAUGUAUACUUCCUCUUGCAAGUGGGAUGUUCUAUCCUGUUAUUCAUUUUAAGCUACCCCCCAUUUUAGCUGCUGCGGCCAUGGUUUUUUCCAGCAUAAGUGUCCUUUUAUCUAGUCUCUCAAUCAGGUGGUUUGCGCCCUACGAGGCAAGGAUGAAUACUGCACUCCCCCCCAAGUGGUGA